CACUUCAAUGUUAUUUGGCGCGUCCAUUUUACCCCUCGCAUUUCGCCCGCCGAAAUAUGAAACAACAACCGAUAAAAACCAGCUGACCGUGCUACCACGCUUAAAAAACUAUCUCUGUAGGUCAGAUAUGGUAAAAGCGAUGGUUGGGGGCUGUUGUGUAUGUUCGGAUGAGCGAGGAUGGGACGAGAACCCGUUGGUUUACUGUGACGGUCACGGGUGCAAUGUAGCUGUGCAUCAAGCUUGUUAUGGUAUAGUCCAAGUCCCGAAGGGCCCGUGGUUUUGUAGGAAGUGCGAGUCUCAAGAACGAAUCGCGAGAGUUAAAUGUGAGUUAUGUCCUUCAAAGGUUGGAGCUCUCAAACGCACUGACAAUGGAGGUUGGGCACAUGUCGUUUGUGCACUGUACAUCCCAGAAGUGCGUUUUGGUAAUGUCAGUACCAUGGAACCCAUCUUGCUGGCCUCAGUCCCCCAUGAACGUUACCUCAAGACCUGCUAUAUAUGUGAGGAAAGAGGGAAAGAAAGUAGAACAGCUCACGGGGGCUGCAUGAACUGUAACAAGCUUGGCUGCAAACAAACAUUCCAUGUAACAUGUGCUCAGAGCUGUGGCUUGCUAUGUGAAGAAAAUGAUGGUCAGUCUGGGCCAACGGUAAAAUACGUUGGGUACUGCCAGUUCCACUGGAACAAAAAGGCAAAGGGAAUUUUAUUUAACAAGACUCCAGAGAAAGAGAAAGCCAAGAUGAAGUUUGACGUUAGGAAGCAAAAAUCUCGUACAAGCAGUGAGAGCAGUACAAACUCAACUGGGGCCAUCCCCGCAACUAAACCAGAUAACAGCAAGCCCCAAGAUAAAGAGACAGAACUAAACCAAACGGCAUCAGCAACACCAAGCAAUGCCAAACCAAGAGGGAAAAAGCCAGCUAGUGUGAAAACUCCACCUGUUGCUAACGAAAAAGGACCUGAUUUGCAGGGCAAUGCAGAAGUCAACAUGAGUGUCGAAUUACCUGCAUCAAAAACUGCUGUACAAGAUGCUGUUUCUCCAAUACCUCGUAUAAAACCAAUGGAGAGUGGAUAUGUUCCGAGUAUAUCUAAUGUGAGCCCACCAACUACAAAAGCACAACAUGAGCCAGUGCAAUUAUUCAGUGUAGCCAAGUCAACCCCGACCCCGCCCUUGGUAAGCACGGCUUUGCCCAAGCUCCACUAUCAGGCAGCCAAUGUAGCAUCUAGCAGUAACAAGUCUAAGGCUAUUACAGUGAACAAGAAACGUCCUAGCACAAAGAAUGAUGAAGAGCCUAAGCGCAAAGUUGGAAGGCCGCCAACAAAGAAAAUGCUUGCAAAACAGCAACCAAAACAAGCAAACAAACAAAGUGGUGUUAAAGUACCAAGGAAGAAAUCACUUCUUAACAGUGCCAUACCUGCAUCUAGCCCUUCUCCAGUCUCCAGCAGCUCAGCUCAUCCGAGUUAUAGUGGUGGGGCAGCCUCUAUUCAUUCAAGCCCUGUUCCGAUCCAGAAUGGUCUUCCUCCAGGUAACCCUGGACAAUAUGUCACCCCACAGCCCAGGCACGCUGGCUUGCUGGAAAAUGGGAACCAUGUCUCUGAGCAGCACAACAAGCAGACUCCACCCAACAACGUCCCACUUCAACUCCCUAGCAGUUUGGAACAGCUGCUGGAGUACCAAUGGGAGCAAGGGGCUCAGUUCCUUAUGCAGCAGGCUUCACAGUAUGAUGUUGCGUCCUUGAUGUCAAGUCUACACCAACUCAAGGCAGACAACAGCAGACUAGAGGCUCGUCUAGAUGCCCUGAUAGCAAGACGAAGCCAGCUGUUGCAAGUGAACGCCCGCCUGUCGGCACCCAUGUCUUGCACCCCAACAAACAGCUCAUCCACACCAACUGAUGUGACAAUGAGGGAUGCAUCGUCUAAAAGUUCACUUGUAACGACGCAAACAAGCAGCAUUAUGUCGAGCACUACUGGUGUUUUAUCCCCAUCUAACAGAGAUAGUGGAUUCCAUUGUCCAAGGUCAGUUAGCACUGUUGCCAUGGUAGAACCCACUGUGUGUAACGUUUCGGAGACAGCACCCAGGAGUAGCCAGUACAAUAUACAGCAGGCCCAGGGGAAAACGGGAGUUAGGGAGACAGUUCCAGCAGUGAGUGUGAACCUUAAAGCUGAGACGAGUAAAACCCCCAAGACUCAGUCGGUGAAAGUGUCUCCAAUAGUCACUGACCAAAAGAAACAUGUCGGUGGUGGUGCUGGUUUGAAACCUGAGCAAAAAGUGCAGCAGGCUGUGGAACACCAAAAGCCAGUGAUGACCCAAGGCGCAGUGACCAUGCUACCAGUAUCCCAAGCGAAGAUAGCAGUCUCCCAGCAGAGCCAGCUCCUUCCAAAACAGCAGUUACCUCUGACCCCACAGCAACAAAGACAAGUCCAACACUUGUCAAGCAAACACAGCAGCAGCAAACAGCCACUAAUCCUGCCGCAGCAACCGGUGUCAGCCCAACUACAGCAGCAAUUACACCACCAGCAACUCAUGCUUGUCAUCCAACAACAACAGCAGCAGCAACAACAGCAACUAAAAGACAACCGGAGCUCCGCUAGUAGGCACGACCAAGAGAAAGCCAAAGAAUUGGUGUUUUCACAGGCACAAAGUAAUCAAACCACACCUACUGUGAUCCCUCAGCAGUUUCUUCCUGUGCGCUACCCAGCAGGGUUUGUAACCUUCAGCGAGCAGCUCGGUCUUGCACAAGGCCUCUCUUCAGGAACCACGGUGCUGUCAACGCUGCCUGUCAUGCAGAUCAAUAGUAAUCCUACUGCUAAGGUGAUUAAUUAUGGAGACAAGAGCGGUCAUUCUGGCAAAACGGAGAAAUAGCUCCACUUUGUUAUGCUGACGUGAAGAGGGCCUCUAGCUUAUCACCAGUCCAUUGAAAGACGGUUGUAAAAGAGAGUCCAACCUGACAAAGCUUCGCUUUCGCGCUAAAAUACCACAGAAACCUCAUUAUUUCGAUCCACUUACCGAACGACCGGCAAAGUACACCGUCUUAUUAAGUCUGUAUUUCUCACUCGCCUUAUUUUAGCGUUUUUAUGUACAAAAUUGCAUUCAUUCAAAUCACUCAUCCUUUUUAUAUGUACAUUUACGUUAUAGAAGGACAGGGGUAUAUUAGAUAUCUUCCUAUAUAUGAACAUAAAAGUAAUAGUUACUAUACAAUAAAGCUUAGCGAUGCUUUACAAAA